UAAUGACAGGUGUUGUGCCGUAGACUGCACCCCUGCCGUAGAACGCACCCCUGCAUCCCCUCCACUCGUUAGCUUCUUAAAGUGGAGAUAAUGAUCUCAUAUUUCAAGAAACACGAGUAUUAGAUCAUGACAACAUGUCAAAUGGAGCAGCAAACUUUCAUUUUCUUUUUAUGUGUCUCAAAAAUGCAAAUAUAGAGGUGUACUUGGGUAUAAACUGUACAGAAAGCUGUCCAGGUAGAGAGCAUUAUAUUUUCGGGACAGCAAUAUUCCAAGGGCUGUUGUUUUUGGCUUCUUUGAAUAGCCUGAAUGAAAUUAUUACAGGCAAACGUUUUUGAAUCCAUCCAAUGUAAGAAAAACUUGGAUUAUUUCGCCUCGUUAUGUACUUUAAACCGCGCUCCCGUCAGGGGGUGCAUUCUAUGUCACAACACCUGAGAUAAAACGAAAGCUGCCCAGCAACCGCUCAUCACCGCAGCAUUUAAGCAGCCUCUUCCUGCGCAAUCCGACCGGGUUAAAGCUUUCACAAACUCUAUCGGUGUGUUUAUAGCUGCAGACAUGAGGCCGUAUUCAGUUGUGCAAACGAGGGCUUUAAAAACAUGCUGAAAGUGCUUGAGCCACGUUACAAUAUCCCACCGCGCACAUACUUCAUUUUUGGUUCAUUGUCACAUUUUAAAGGAAGGAGAUAUGCCUGUAUAUUGCACUUUAAGUUGUUUUUCAUUAAUAAUUAUGUUGAAAAGAAGAUAUUAUGCCGUAUGCACUACUUUUAUAUAUUUUAAUUCAACCAUUUAAGUGUUUAAUAUACAGACAAAACUGCUUUUUGCUGAUCCGAAAAAUGAUCCGAUCCGUGAGUGUUGUGAUCCGUUGCACCACUAAUAACUAAUAACUAUUGACUGAUAUUAGAAGGUUUUUUGUUUAUAAAGAAGCGUCUUUAACAGACUCCUGCCGACCUCUCCUUUACCUCUACAGUCCGGGUCUCUAACCCGCUCUCUCUCUCCUCUCUCUCUCACCUGAACCUCACGUCUUCUCUCUCGUGUUUGUCCGCAGCUUCGCCAAAAGGGUGAAAUCCGAGGAACCAGCGCCGCAGACGACUGA